UCUGCAAGCAGCUGAUCUCUCUCUCUCUUUCCCUCUCUCUUCUUUUCUCUCUGUGCAUUCUGUUUCUGGGGGAAGAUCAAGGGCUUGUGUGUACUCAGAGCAAUUCUCAACCUCUUUCUUAAUUUCUCACUGUUCCUUUUGCAGGUUUUUACAGGGAGCCUUUUCCAACAGAAUCUCCUUUUGCCACAGGGGAAAAGUUUGGCUUAACUUUGGAAAUUUCCUUUUUAAUAUCUACCCCAAUUCUCGGGGUAGGCAUUGGCUAUUGUUAUCUUUGUAAGCGAUCCGGUGGGCAAUUUGAUUUGUGUUUCGAAACUUUCUUGGUCUAGAUUGCAUUUUUAAUUUCUGAAACUGAUGCUCAGCAAAUUUUUCAUCGUUUGCUUUAUACUUACGUUCCUAUUUUCCUGCCAGCCAUAUAAAAACUUGGGAAGGGUUCAUUUCUCUGUCGCUUUCCAGAUUUGGAACUUUGGCCUGUGAAAUAUUUUGAUUUCUUUCUGAUAAAACCAUUUGUUUUCUCAUAGCCGUUGUCUCUUUUCUGCUGGGUGGUUGCUGGUUUUACCACUAGCUUGUUUUUCAGAGUGUAGUUUGCAGAUCGCUUUCAGUUUAGGCACCUCACAACUUGGCUUUGCUAUUUGUAAAUAGUAAUUUACUGUGGGUUUUCUGUGUUUAUCUCAAAGGAUAAUAUUCCUGCAGUCUGUACUGAGGAGGUUCCGGAUCUAAUGCUCCUAUCGGUUCUUUCCCCAGUUAAUUCUCCCGAAUAUCGGUGUUAGCUCUGACCAUUUUGGCAACUGGGUGGUGGAUCAUCUCCUAUUCUUUCCAGCUUGCUUAUCUUGCUAAGAGUGCAUCUGUGAGGCUUUAACUCGGGGUUGUGGGGGAAGAAAAAAGAUCUCCUUGCAAAAUGUCCCAAGAAGGUCACUUGGAAGUUUUCAGGGCAGAGAUGCUGACCUUUAGUUUAUGGGAUUAUGGGGUCUUUGGCCUCAUGCUCUUGAUCUCAACCAGCAUCGGUCUCUUCUACGCUCUCAGAAAAGGAGGGCAGAAAACGUCAGACGACUUCUUCACGGGGGGACGGCAGAUGUCUGCGAUCCCAGUGGGCCUCUCGCUCUCUGCCAGCUUCAUGUCGGCCAUCCAGGUGCUGGGAGUGCCCGCUGAAGCGUACCGGUAUGGCAUGAAGUUCCUGUGGAUGUGCCUGGGGCAACUUCUGAACACCCUUCUGACAGCCUACCUUUUCCUGCCAGUCUUUUACCGUCUGCAGCUCACCAGCACUUACGAGUAUCUGGAACUCAGGUUCUCCAAGAAAGUUCGCCUGUGCGGGACGAUUCAGUACAUCAUUGCAACGAUGCUGUACACUGGAAUUGUCAUCUAUGCUCCGGCUUUGAUCCUCAACCAGGUGACCGGACUAGAUAUCUGGGCCUCGCUCCUCUCCACUGGAAUCAUCUGUACAUUCUACACCAGCAUUGGUGGAAUGAAAGCUGUCAUCUGGACAGAUGUUUUCCAAGUUUUCGUCAUGCUCUCAGGCUUCAUUGCCAUCUUGAUCCAAGGGACGCUCAUGGUAGGAGGGCCAGGAAAAGUCUUGGGCAUUGCGUACAAUAACUCCAGGAUCAACUUCGACGAUUUCAAUCCUGAUCCCCGGAGCCGUUACACUUUCUGGACGUUUAUUUUCGGUGGGACAAUGGUUUGGCUUUCCAUGUACGGCGUGAAUCAAGCCCAAGUUCAGCGCUAUGUAGCCUGCAAGACCGAGAAGGAGGCAAAACUAGCUCUUAUGGUCAAUCAAGUGGGCCUCUUCUUCAUAGUCUCCAGUGCUGUGGGCUGUGGCAUUGUGAUGUUUGCUCUCUACAAGGACUGCGACCCUCUCUUGGCUGGGCACAUCUCUGCACCUGAUCAGUACAUGCCUUAUCUGGUCUUGGAUAUCUUUGAAAAAUACCCGGGGGUUCCUGGCCUUUUCCUGGCCUGUGCAUACAGUGGGACUCUGAGCACAGCUUCGACCAGCAUCAAUGCCAUGGCUGCAGUCACGGUGGAGGACCUCAUCAAGCCUUCCAUGCCAAACUUGUCACCGCGGAAACUCACCCUCAUCUCCAAAGGGCUCUCCCUGAUCUACGGUACAUCAUGCAUUACUGUUGCGGCGAUGUCCUCGUUACUAGGAGGCGGUGUGCUACAGGGUUCCUUCACAGUCAUGGGAGUUAUCAGCGGCCCUCUUCUUGGAGCGUUCAUCUUGGGGAUGUUCAUACCUGCUUGCAACACAGUGGGGGUUUUCUCUGGUCUAGGGGUUGGCUUUGUGCUCUCCUUCUGGGUAGCUGUGGGGGGCACCAUCUACCCACCAAGUCCUGCCACCAUGGGUGUUCUUCCAUCCUAUGGAGACUUCUGCCCGCUCUAUAAUGCCUCCGAGGGAUUGAAUGGCACUGUUGUCUUUGGGCCGCUGCCCCCACAAAACAUCUCAGAACCCUUGGAAAGGCCGGCUAUUGCAGAUGACUUCUAUGCCAUGUCAUACCUAUACUACGGCGCCUUGGGAACCCUGAGCACCGUCAUUGUAGGGAUUUUUGUGAGCUGCCUAACAGGUCCUGCAAAAAGAUGCACCAAGCAGCCAGGUGUCCUGUGGUGGGAUAUCAUGAAGCAGACCUCUUCAGUCUCACCGGAGGCGAAGAAACCUUUCUCCAAGGUUUCUGGAGAUUCUCCUGAUUUGCAAAAAAAGGCCUUUGAUUCAACUUCCCAGGUGUCCGGGUUUUUGGCUGAGGACAAGGCUCUGAUGGCUAAGGCGGAGAGUUCGGACGGUUCUGAGGAGUCCCUCUGUCUGUGCACCCCCCUGGAACACAGCUGUUUCCACCUGCUUAGAGAGACUGAUGUGUAGGUGGCCCCAGAUUCUGGAGGUGAGAGGCCAUCCUGAACAGCUGUGUACGGGAGAAGAUCCUUCUCAAUUGAGAGAUACGGACAAGGGAGUGUCUUCAGCCAAACCAAGCUACAAUCUUGGAAGGUUUUUUUUUUAAAAAAAAACAUAGAGAUUUGGCUGAGCUACUUGGCUCCUUCUGUUAAGUACCACUUGAAAACCCAUCCAACCACUGUAGCUCAAGAACUACAUCCUCUCGUGUCUUACCUGAAUGGGGAAGCAGUUUAAACAUCGUGAGCAGGAGGGAACAAACACACAGCAGAGGAAAGAGCAAGUCAAGAAGCCGCAAACCUUGGCUCGCGAGCUCUUGAAGAUGCCCCAGCAUAAGAACCUUCCUCUGCUGGCAAGCUCCACGUACGUUUUCAUACGGAAAGAGACUGAAACGGCAAAGAUGAUUCCUGAUGAGGAAGUUCAAGAAUCGCUUUCUCUCCCCACUUCCAAUCUCUCCCCCCUCAUUUAAAUGCUAGUUUUUCUUUGACUCAUAGAAGUACCACAAAGCCUGUGCCAACUCUCGUUGAAUGCCAGGAUUUCAGUCGGAAAACUCAGAAGUCUCUCAUUUGCUGGCUGGAUGCAAUGACCGCUGCUUAAGUGAUGUUCAUUUUCUGCGCUGACAGCACCAUGUAAUGCUCUCAUGCUUAUCCCUCGUUCUCAUCUACUACCCCCGAUAUAAUCAUAUCUUGUUAACAAUCCUACAAGAAUAAUGUGGUUGUCAUUCCUCUUCAUUGUUCUGGUUUUCUGCCUUUUCCAUACUUCCUAGCUGUAUCUAGCUGUAUCCGAAGAAGUGAGUUGUGGCUCACAAAAGCUCAUACCCUACCACAAAUUUUGUUAGUCUUAUAGGUGUUACUGGACUCUUGCUUUUUUUCUGCUGCUAUAGUCAGACUAACAUGGUUACCCAUCUUGAGCCAUACUUGCUGUUUGGAAUAACUGACUCAUAAUUCUUUGCAGUGCAUGAAAGAAUCCCUAGGACAAUGUAUUUAAUGGGGCCAUUCUAGGCGGGGUUUUUCCUGCCCUGGAGGACCAUAGGAACAACUCAAAAUGCAUGAUUGUCCGAGUUCUUACAUCUCUGCUCCUUCAGAAUGUUUGGAUCUAGUGCUGGUCUUUUUGAGGGUGGAGUUUAGGGAGGGGAGAGAACCCAGCAGGGAAUAAUGCCAUAGAGUUCACCUUCCAAAGCAGCCAUUUUCUCCAGGGGAACUGAUCACUAUGGCCUGGAGAUCAGUUGUAAUUCCAGGAGAUCUCCAGCUACCACCUGGAGACUGGUAACCCUAGAAGGCCAAGAAAAAAAGGAAAUCAGGGUUCAAAUCCACAGUCAAGAAGUUCUUUUAAUGGCCUCUUCCAUAGCCUAAUCUCUCCCAAAAUGUGGUUGAAAACCUCAAUAAAAUUACUUCCAAGGCACUUUUUAUGCUAAUGAAUGAUGAUAAAAAUAAUUAAUAAUCUCAAUCUUUUACAAAUAAUAAGAAUAUAGGUUUUAGAUGUAGGUACUGCUUGGGAAAGCAGAUUGGGUCAGAGUCAUUGAGUAAUUCCGCACAUGUUUGAUAAUGCACUUCCAAUCCUCAGAUCAUUUGGAACUGAUUUUUUGGUGUGUGGAACAAAAAAUCCACCUCAAACAAUUAAUGAUAUGCAUUGAAAGUGCAUUAUCCAACGUGUACGGAAUCAGCCAUAGUUACCAGAUGAGUUUUAGUUGCAAGAAACCACCCGUAAGAAGUUAUUGUUAACGCAAACCCUAGUACUGGUGCCUCCAUCAAGUGCUUAGUUUGUAUCUACUAGCACCUCAGCUAUAUCAUUUCCCAUUACAGGCAGGAGCUCAUAAGACUGAAUGGUCUUUCAUACUGUAAAAAAUCCCCUCCACACAGAAAACUAACAUAUCAGGGAAAAUGGUCUAGUUUAACCUUUGCCAUGAUAUGCUAUGUUUUUAUAAGCACAGUUAGAAUGACCUUGCUGACCACUGUGUGAAACAGGAUGCUAGACUAGACGAGCCACUCAUUUGAUCCAUCAGGGCUCCUCUUAUGUUCCCCACUGAGCUGGGAAACUAGGAGUCCAAUGACUCUUCUCAAUGUAUAUGCAUGCUUCGGGUUUCUGCUAUAAUGGGCCACGACCUAAGACCUCCUGCCUUAGCCAACGGCUGCAUGUUUAAUUUGAAACAAGAGUUAAUAUUGACUUUUGUGCAGUAUUUCUGUUUGCAUGUAGCCUCCUUUCCAAGAACUUCACUGAUGGCCUCACCUCCCUUGGCAGAGGCACGGGAAUAAAACUGCCCACAUGUCUUAUCCAUAAGCCACAUGCUUUAUCCAUCUUCCAAAUACUGUAUCUAAAUGCUAGCAACUAGAUAGCAUCCACAGCAAAUAUCAGGUGGACGAACGGGGCAAACACGAGCGGCUUGUUGUUGACAUUUCUGUUGACUAUGUUCUGAUAGAGGGCCAGUGCUGGAAGAUCAGCGCUCAGAAUGGAAACAAAAAGAGGCAUGCACAAAGUUUGAAAGGGAGACAUGUGCUUCACAACAAGGGUUGCCAUACAGCAUCCAUGAAGCAAAUGGAGGCUCCUCUCAAACUCAAUUUAGGUUCCUGAGAGGUGUAGAACUUGGCCAGGAAGAAAGAACAUGUCCAACUGAUCGAAACCACUAUGCCUGCCAGAGAUUUUCUGUUGUUACAGAUAGAGAGGAGCCCACACUAGAACUUCAUGACUUGCAAGAGCCUUGCAUAAAAGGACCUUAGGGUAAAGUGUUUAUCUGUCCGCAACUACACUCUACGGGUUGCUGGAACCUCUGACCACUCUUAUUAUUCAUUAAGUGCAACAAUUACAUCUGUUCUAAUCCCUUACACAGGGACUCACUCCUGGACGAUUUACAAGAGGUCUCUUUCUGCUAUAACUCCUCCCAGCUCCCACUACUUUGUCUGUGAUUUUGGCUAUAAAAGUCUGUAAAAAACCCAAUCCACAAAUGCAUCUGAAGAAGUGAAGUGUGACUCACAAGCUUUGGAAUAAACUCAUAAAACUGCC